UCAGCUCAUCCACUUUUCUCAUUUGUUUUCUGUAUCGAGUUUCAUAUCUCUUCGUGAAGAUGCUUCUCAGAGCUUCCUCCGCUGUCUCCCUUAUGUCUUCCUCAUCCGAAUCGUCAUCUCCGGGAGCUCUUCUCCGCCGGCGAUCGCAGGCGAUGGCCGGCUUCUUGACGGUUCCUCAGGUGGGGAGGUCAGCGGCAGGACCCAUAGCUGCUGCCGGAGUCGAUAGCAGCAGGACUUUGACAGGCGUGCUAUUCGAGCCCUUCGAGGAGGUAAAGCAGGAGCUCGCGCUCGUCACCUCGUCACCUGGCAAAUCGCUUGCCCGACAGAAAUACGCUGAUGAAUCCGAGGCUGCAAUUAACGAGCAGAUCAACAUCGAAUAUAACGUUUCCUAUGUUUACCAUGCUAUGUUCGCCUACUUCGACCGGGACAAUGUUGCGCUUAGAGGCAUGGCCAAAUUCUUCAAGGAAUCAAGCGAGGAGGAAAGAGACCAUGCUGAAAAGUUGAUGAAGUAUCAGAACAAACGCGGAGGUAGAGUAAAACUCCAGUCUAUUCUGAUGCCCUUAACUGAGUUUCAUCACGAGGAGAAAGGCGAUGCUCUAUAUGCAAUGGAACUGGCCUUAUCUCUCGAGAGGCUCGUAAAUGAGAAGCUCCUUAAUUUACAUAGCGUAGCAGCACGCUCAAAUGAUCCUAAUAUGACAGAGUUCAUUGAAAGCCAUUUCCUUGCAGAGCAGGUUGAGGCCAUAAAGAAGAUAUCUGAGUAUGUUGCUCAGCUGAGAAGGGUGGGCAAGGGGCAUGGAGUUUGGCACUUUGAUCAGGUUUUGUUGCACGGGGAAGAGAAUGGCGCUGCUUGAGCAAGUUAGGAAAAGCUCGUUUUAUUUUCUUAAAUAGUUUGGCUUAGUGGGUUUUCUCUGUAGUUUAGGGUAUUCCUGUUUUCUUAGAUGUUGUUAAUCGACAAGUUAUCAUGUCUUUUCUCUGAUGCUGUUAAUAAGCAAACUAUCAUGUCAUGUUAUGAUCUAAUAGUUUUUGUUUGAUGGGUAUUAAUUAGAUGAAUAUUAUAAGCAAUAUAUUUCUAAUUAAAUAUUAUGUAUUGUACUUUCUUGUUUAGCUGGCAGUAUCUGUUUGGCUUACCCAAGCCCUUCUCUCUAUAUAUACUCUGUACUAGGCUGUAAUAGAUAUCACAGAAAUAAUACUUUCCAUUCUCGUUUUCCUGAUU